ACCAGGAAGGGGGAAUGUUUCCUGUUUGCCUCGAACAGGUCUGCGCAGUAGCUGUGGAAUAGGGAGACUGAAGUAAAGUGGUAUAAAGAAAAUGGAGACUCACAAAGGUCCUUGCGCUCAUCGGAGCAUUCCCAUUGAGACUGAUGAGAGGAUGACAGUUGCCAGCGUGGCCUUGUCCCCUUCUUGUAGCCAGUGUGGAUGUCAUGAUGAGGGCAGCAUAAAAGCUGAGAACCAUGGCUGUGAUAAGGAAGUGUGUUAGGGCGGGCCUCAGGAGGUUCCCCGAGGGCUUGCACCAUUAUGAAGGAAGAGCUCCUACUCAGCCUUCACCUGGCGAUCAUGUUAUGCCCCAGCAUAGACCGCAACAGCCUUUCUACGCACAGAACCCCAGGAAUAAUCCCAGUAUGGGCCUCACAGGUUGUUCAGACAGGUUCCAGUGUCAAUAUUCUGAAGAACUACAAUCCUUGGAGCUACCAGACCCGCUCAAAUCAAACACGUCCUGGGCUGAGCCCAAUGUGCCACAAUACCAAGCACGAUGCAUGCCAGGCCCCGCUCCAGUGGAGGGACCGUUUUACAACCCCGCACCCUAUCCGCAGGACAAUCACUGUCCUUACGCUCCACGCCACCAUUUACAAAAUGCUCCAGAGAACAGGCCUUGUUUUAAUAAUCCGCCUCCUGCUGAUGUGAUGCGUGAGGUCAGUGUGGGCUGCUCAGCUGUUGCAGGCCCAGGAGCGUUCACCGGGGAGUUCAGGAAGACCAUCAGCUUGCCUGAGGAGAGCAGGAAUGUUUUCAUCACAUAUUCAGUGGACACAGCGGAUGAAAUGAUAAAAUUUGUGGGAUUUCUGAUCGGUCAGGGGUUCAAACCAGCAAUCGAUAUGUUCGACAAUCCGAUCCGGAGAAUGGGCAUCAACAAAUGGAUGGAUCGUUACCUGAAUGACAAAUCAGUCCUCAUCAUUGUGGUCAUCAGCCCCAAGUACAAGGAGGAUGUGGAGGGAGGCGGAGACGACGAGCACGGCCUCCACACCAAGUACAUUCACACCCAGAUUCAAAACGAAUACAUCCAACAAGGCUGCCUGAACUUCAGACUGGUUCCUGUGUUGUUUCCUGGUGCAACUAAGAAACAUGUGCCCAGCUGGCUCCAGAACACCAGGAUCUACCACUGGCCCAGCGACACCCAAGACCUGCUUCUGCGUCUGCUCAGAGAGGAGCGCUACAUCGUCCCUCAGAGAGGCACUGGCCUCACCCUCACUGUUCGCCCUUUGUCAUGAUGCAAAAAGGGACUAUUGGAACGCAGGUUUACUUCCCAGAAGCUCAAUGCACAGAAUAAAACAACAUUAACAAAGACUGUUCCAUUCAGUUUAAGUCUUUGCCUUUUGUUCUUCUGUUUCCACAUUAGUAGAUGUGUGGUUGUUUCACUAUUCUUCGUAUUUUAUUACUCAAACUUUACUCUUAGAACAGAUAAAAACUGACUAAGAAACAUGUAACAAUGUAAGAUAUUAUUAUCUAUUAUAAUCAUUGAUUGUUGUUUAGAAGUAAUGCUUUUGACCACCAGGGGGCAGCGGAGAAGCUUUGAACCCAAAUCUGUUUAGUUUACAACCUCUUUUGGUAAGAAGUUCUGUAACUGCACGCUAGACUAACAUGUAAAAACAACUUCGUUUAUUUACACAUAUAUUUCUGUAAUAAUUUUUAUUUCUUUAGUUUAUGAAACAUUGGAUGAUUGCUCUCUGUCCCUAGUGCGCUCAUACCUCACAGGAGGUAUGUCCGCUUUAAAAAUGCAAAACACGCCUUUACUGGAACUAAAGCUCCUCAAUUAUUUUCUACUGUUAAAAAUUGACAUAAUUUAGACUUUAUCUGCAUGUUUAAAUUUUUUUCAAUUCUGUCAUGAUAGAUGGUACAUUUUAAUAGAUCAUAUCAGCUUUAUUUCACACUCUGUAAAUAUUUGGGAUGAUUUACCAGUAGGUGGCAGUAUCUAUCAAUGAAAACACUCUGGGGGCGAUUAAAAUGUGUUGUUUUGUUUUACCAUGCCUUUGUAAUAAAAGAAUCAACAGAA